CGGCCAUAUUCGCGAGCGCUAGCCUGACUUUAAAUCCUGUGUAAAAGUCAAGCGAAGAAAGACUUGACACCCUCCCUCAUUAUGUCUCGGGUGCUUCCGUACCGCUCCAAAUGCCCAGAUGCUGUCAAAGCUCUGAUACCGCUAGCGCAAACAUCUACGCUCUUCGUGGUUCAAGAGAUGGGACCUUUGGCCUUCAUCGUCCGGCAAGAGAACGAUGAUAGGAACUAUAGGGUCAAGAUCGGGAGUGUGCAAAUGUGCACUUGCGAGGAGUACGUCAGUGAGGGCGAGCUGUGUUUGCAUGUUAUAUGGAUAAUGCACAAGAAGUUCCGGGUCGCGGAAACCGAUGAGAAGUUAUGGCAACGAGCCUUGGUCGAUAGGGAGAUUGCAGAGCUGUUGAAGCCCAAAAUCACAAGGGCGGCAAGAAGAGCAGGAAGGCAUAAGCCUACUUCAGGUGAACAUCCCGAUUUGAGCACACCCGCAGCCCAACGUGGCCCGAUCGCACAACGAUCCAUUAGCGAUGACGACGUUUGCCCCAUUUGCCAGGAGACGCUCCAAAACUCUUCCAAGCACCUCACAUUUUGCAGCAAGUCAUGCGGAAACUCGGUCCAUCUGAAGUGCAUGAAGAUGGUGAUGGAGCAUCAGACGGCGUCUGGCACUGCGGACGUCGUCAAAUGUCCCUUAUGUAGGAACGUUUUCGCGACGGUGGAAGAACUCACGGCUGAGCUUGCCGGACUUCCGGACCGGCAAGCCAUUCACUGGGUCACUUGCAAAGAGUGCGACACAAAACCUAUCUCCGGGAACUGCUACCGGUGUAAGACCUGUGGGGGCAAUUACACACUCUGCCAGCCCUGCUUCCGGCACCCCACGAACAAGCACACAAACCACACCUUCGAGACUCGGCGAUGGCCCCGGGAUCUCUGGGCAGGCGUAGUCCUCACGCAGCCCUCCAGCGAGCCUGCAGCCGUUAUUCCAGAGGGGAUGAUGCGCGAUAUGCAAGGGAGAGAUUUGACGGAUGAGGAUUAUGAGGUCCUGUUGCGGCUGGAUGACGGGGACGGGCGGCGUGCGAGGGAUGGCGUGAGGGAAGAGGUGCUUGUACCGUUGCAGGUGGUGGCGAGGUUUCCGACGAAUGUCGUUAAGACGCGGACGGAAGCGAGUUGCAAGAUAUGCAGCGAACAAUACCACGUAAACGACGUUUUGCGCAAACUCCCUUCGUGCGGCCACGCCUUCCACCGCAACUGCAUCGAUCGCUGGCUCCUUCAACGCCGCCCGGUGUGCCCCAUAGAUGGCGUCUUGGCGUGGAAUCCGAAUGACGAACCUCCCCCUCUCGCCGCCUUCGAUAUCACGUCCUCCGGAACGAAGAAGCGGGCUAGAAAGAAGAAAAGGGAUAGGGGUAGGGGCAUUGUUGGCGAUGCAGGGAGGAAUGAAGGCGGGUUGAUAGUGCUGGCUGUUACAGGCGCCGCUUCGGCAGCAGAACCGACUUUAGAUCCCCCACGACAUCUUCGGAGGAAUCAAGUCAGCAAGGCAAGGUCCAAUCAUCGCUCAAGCAGCGCCGACACUUCGCCAUUACUGUACGUCGGUCAUCUACCAGACGCGAUAGAGCCCGCGUCGCAGACGUUCCUCACGUCUCAUCCGGACGCUUCGAACAGGCACACCAGACGAAGCGGACUCCUCCGCGUCCCCUUACGCGCACACAAAGCGCACCCACAUCCCUCGCCUGCGGAACCUUCCCUUUUCGUCGGGCAAGGAAUCGAGGCUCCAUCCAUCUCGAUUCCGUUAAGCGUCAGUCUGGGCUUCACGCCCCGCGCACAUCAACCAACGAAACCGCGAAAGCCACCAUUGGCACACUCGCUUUCCAUGCCUGCGUUACCUGUGUCGCCGGGGUUAUUCAUAGGGCGAGAAGACGACGGCGCUUCACGGAGGGUUGUUCCACAUUCCCCGCCGACGGCUCUCCAGACGCGGACGCAGUCGUCGGAGUCGCGCGGUGAUGUGCGAUUACCUCGGCUGGUGCGAAAUGUUCGGCAAGGAGGGGGAAAGAGAGGCGAGCAUUUGGGAUGGGGUGGGUUACAGAUUGGGACUGUGAUGGGGGCUGUUGGUGCACAGGUUGUGACAGCUCUGCCUUGAGAGCUUCUUUUGUAUUUCCAUUCACGGGUAUAUUGACCC